CCGAGAUUUAUAGAUCAAUCUGGUAGACGUGAUAUCCCUGGGAUUAAUGUCAUUUUAUUAUGCUUUUUUUCUUGGAGGGAAUUGGACCAAUUGGUCAAUGGUAAAGACCUUCUGUCAAGUGUCACAGGUUUACCAGUCUAAUUCUAACAUUUUCUUGGUUAAUGGUUUAAUACUUGAUGUCUACUUCCCAAAUUUCUAACACCUCUAGCUCUAAGCUACACUCUGCCCAGUACCCACUCCCACCAACGCUGACUGACUCCCUCCUGGGCAAUUCGUCCACACAAACCCUACUCUUCCGGUCUCACUCUUUCUUUGGUGUCUCUGUUUCACAGUCUAUUGGAGAAAGAAGCUAGAAAAUGGUGAAAACUAGCAAGCGAAAAAUCUCUUCCCUUGAGAGACCUCAAUUCUUCAAGAUAUUUUACCCUUCCCGCAGCUCUGAUAAACUGUGCAUACCACCUGCCUUUAUUGAGCACUUCAAUGGAGUGGUUCCGAACUGGACCAUCCUUAAAAAUCCUACUGGGAAGACCUGGUCUGUGGAGUUGCAACAAAUUGAAAAUGAUAUUUUCUUCCAGAAUGGUUGGCAGGGUUUUGUAAAACAUCAUUCAUUGGAACUCGGAGAUUUUUUGGUCUUCAAAUAUGAUGGUAAUUCUGUAUUUGAUGUUAAAAUAUUUGGUAGAAGUGGUUGCGAAAAGAAUGAAAGUUUAUAUUGUAAAAGUGGCUGUGAGGAGAAUGAACCAUUGGAUUAUAGGAAACACAGGGAGCCUUCAUUUGUAAACAUAAAGGAAGAAUCAGAUGCAAGGGGACGAUUUAACAAGAAAACCCAGGUUAAAGAAACUUAUUCUGAAAGGAUCCAUGAAAUGAGUGGGGAAACGAAGUAUGGAUCUACUAAAUCAAAAAGGAGUUCUUCAGCCAAUGCUGCAGAAGACAGGUUGAUUGAAACUGCUCGAUUUUUUAAACCCAAGAAUCCGCAUUUUACAGUGUAUGUUAAACGGAGUAUGCCAUACACCGUGAUUGUUCCAAAAGAAAUGGUAAUAAUAAAUCUUCUUGACAUAAAGCCUCAUGUGGUCCUUUAUGAUCUGUAUGGGAAGUCAUGGCCUGUAAAAGUCUCUUUCUGGAAGGAUGGCCGAGCUACGUUUUCUACAGGGUGGUCAGCUUUCUGGAGGGAAAGCAACCUGCGAAAGAAUGACAAGUGCAUUUUUGAAUUUACAGGACAGAGAGGCAGAAAAGGAAGUAUUGUGCGGAUAUAUAUUAUCCGAUCUGGGCUAGGGACUUCAAAAAUGGAUAGUACCAAGAGCCAAGAUCGAAGAAGUGAGGAUGAUCAUGUAGGAACUGAACAAUUUAAAGCGAAGAAGCAAUGUAUCAGUUCUUUUUAACACAAGGACCACUUGACUAUGUGGGGGUGUGUUCCCUUGGUCCUUACUGGUGGUAGAGGGAAUACUGUGGUUGGAGGUAAAUAAUUCGGUAUUGCGUCUAGGGUGUCAAAGCUGAUACUAAUGCAGUUGGAGAUGUAAGUGUUGAGCAGAAGCUAAAAGCUUAUUUAUGUCUAGAUUAAGUUAAAUGAUAAGAGAAUGAUUCAAAGCUAAAAGGUCAAGCUUAGAUUGUACUUCGACGUUGUAACAGGUAGCUGCGUUAUAUGCUUGUUGCUGCACUAUAUAGUUCUUAUGGCCAUGAAAAUUCCUUUAUGAGGUGCCAUUUGUAACUAAGGCUGUGCUUGGUUGCAAUGCAAACAAAUUUGUACUGAUGCAAAACUAUGGCAGUGCAAAUGAUUUGAGUGUAAAUUCUGACA